AUGGCUGUUUUGUGGUCGACAGUGUUGAUGCUGUGGAUAUUGUGCCAGAUUGCAACACGUCCCUGUUGCGCUCAAUGUAAGGAUCCUAAUUCGUUUUUUUGCGACAUCGGAGUGGUCAACAUGACUUCUGACGGAGGAGCCAAGAUACGUAACGCCAUUGACAGCCAAGACUACAUGUAUACAAUAGGCAUCGAGAAGCUGAUCGUCAGCAGCAGUGCGUCCGGUCCCUUUCUGCAGAGAAUUGCACCCUUUACCGAGGCGAUCAUUUAUUUGAUCUAUCGGGAUCCAGUGUUCCAAGUUCCGGCAGGCAACACUAUCGCCGAUAUCGAAAUUGGCAAUGGAGCUAAUUUACGAUCGGUGGUGGCAGGUACGAAUAACCACCUAAAGAGACUGCAGCUGGAGAACUGCCUGCUAGACCGGGUGCCACCGACACUGUCCCAGAUGAUCGAGCUGGAGGAGUUGAUUAUCGAACGUUGCGCAAUGACAGCACUGCGGCUAGACGUGUUGGCAAACAACCCGAAACUGAAUAUCUUGAGCCUUGCAAGUAAUCAAAUACGGCAACUGUUUCCGAUCACAUCGCCACCAAAACAGGGGUUGACCCUAGCAACGAUUGAUCUAUCCAAUAAUCAGUUGGAACGUCUGGAUAUGUCCAUCUUUGUCCAUAUGCCGGACCUGGAGCGGCUGAACGUUAAAGCGAACCGCAUCGUACGAAUCGAGGCGACAGCACCGGUAACCUACGCUUCAUUCAAGCGACUGGAUGUCAUUUCGAACAAAAUUGCUGUCCUAGAUACACGCAAUCUCACGCUGCCUUCAUUGACUUCGUUCUUUGUGGACGACAAUGCGCUCACGGAAAUUCCACCGCGUUGGGGAUCGCUGCCCAAAUUGCUCUACCUCGGGAUUGAUCGAAACAAUCUGAAACAAAUCGACAUGAGUGUAUUUGGUCAGUUUCCAAACUUGACCGAAAUUUACAUAAACGAAAACAAGGUCCAGACCAUACGCACCUCGUCCCCCAUUACUCUACCAAAGUUUGAUACGAUCGUGUUCGAAAACAAUCAGAUCACGUCGGUUAACUUUACGGGAUGCAAUUUUCCUGCGCUGGACUUUAUUUCGCUGAUGAAUAAUCAGCUGAAGGCAGUUCCGCCUCUGUUGCAACGAUUUCCCAAAACACGGAUGUCCGUCGAAUGGAAUCCGAUCAAAUGCUCCAACAUAGUGACGUUCAAGGCCAAGAUCAAUGAGAAUCGUCUUUACGUGAGCACCGGUACGACCCAGUCGGGAUGUUCCACGACAUCUUCGAUCGUACUUGAUCAAGAGAAAAGCGCAUGCUGUGAAGCUUGA